CUGCUGCUGCUGCCAUUGACUCCAUUGACACAUCAUCCCACUUUGACGGACCAGAGCAGGCCUCCGCUGAAUCGCCUUCAUGGUGUUUGCUCCUUCCACUCGAACGUCAGAAGACUACAUUAGCGACCACCUGUGGAAGGCACAGGGCAUCUGAUAGAGCACUCACCGCCCACCUCACUCACUCCAGCGCCCCUGAGAGGCCGACGUCUCAGAAUCACAUACAGUUACACCACCCUAGCCAUGGCUCUCAGCGGGCGCAUUGCUCGCCAGCUGCAGCAUGAGCUACUACACCACUCCCGAUUCGCCGCCACGCGCGUAGCACGACGAACUCUGGUCACGCAACCCGCGGCACGAUACGCGCUCCAAAAGCCCACUCAGAAGCAGCUCAGGCACUUCUCUCGAUCUGCCCGCGUGCUGAACCAAACCGAGACCGCCCCAAAUGCUGAGGCAUACAUCAAGAGCGGCGCCAUUGCCGGUGCUCAGAACCUCGUGGACGUCAAGAAAGUGCUGGUUAUCGGAUCUGGCGGUCUGGCAAUUGGACAAGCAGGAGAAUUCGACUACUCCGGUUCUCAAGCACUCAAGGCCUUGAAAGAGGCGGGCAUUGCAUCAGUGCUGAUCAACCCAAACAUUGCGACGAUUCAGACCGCCCACGUGUUGGCCGACGAGGUCUACUACCUCCCAGUCACUCCUGAAUACGUCACCUACGUUAUCGAGAAGGAGAGGCCGGAUGGCAUCUUCCUCUCAUUCGGCGGCCAGACUGCACUCAACUUGGGUGUGCAGAUGGACAAGAUGGGUAUCUUUGAGCGCUACGGCGUCAAGGUCCUCGGAACCAGCAUUCGCACUCUCGAGCUUAGCGAGGACAGAGAUGAAUUCGCCAAAGCUUUGAAGGAGAUCAACAUCCCAAUUGCUGAGAGUGUUGCUGUGGACAAUAUUGAUGAUGCCCUCAAGGCCGCCAAUCAAGUCGGAUACCCCAUCAUUGUGCGAGCUGCUUUCGCACUCGGUGGUCUCGGAUCUGGUUUCGCGGACAACGAGGAGGAGCUUCGCAACUUGGCUGCACGAUCUUUGACCCUUUCUCCUCAGAUCUUGGUUGAGAAAUCACUCAAGGGCUGGAAGGAGGCUGAGUACGAAGUCGUGCGAGAUGCUUCUGAUAACUGUAUUACUGUCUGCAAUAUGGAGAAUUUCGACCCGCUUGGUGUGCACACGGGAGAUUCAAUCGUCGUCUCGCCAUCCCAGACUUUCAGCGAUGAGGAGUACCACAUGCUUCGUACUGCUGCCAUUAAGAUUGUGCGACACCUUGGUGUGGUUGGAGAGUGUAACGUCCAGUACGCCCUUCAACCUGACGGCCUCGACUACAGGGUUAUCGAAAUCAACGCUCGUCUUUCUCGAUCAUCCGCGCUGGCCUCCAAGGCUACCGGAUAUCCCCUGGCUUACACUGCUGCAAAGAUCGGUUUGGGGCACACUCUACCCGAGCUGCCAAACGCCGUCACUCGUACUACUACCGCCAACUUCGAACCUUCCCUGGACUACAUCGUCACUAAGAUUCCUCGUUGGGAUCUGGCCAAGUUCCACAAUGUCAAUCGCUCGAUCGGAUCUAGCAUGAAGUCUGUCGGAGAAGUCAUGGCGAUCGGCCGUACCUUUGAAGAGAGUUUCCAAAAGGCUAUUCGUCAGGUUGACCCUAAAUUCGCUGGCCUUCAGGGUGACAAGUUCGACGACCUUGAUGAGGUCCUUCGAAACCCUACCGACCGCCGAUGGCUCGCUGUUGGCCAAGCUAUGCUCCACGAAGGUUACUCUGUCGACAAGGUUCACGAACUCAGCAAGAUCGACAAGUGGUUCCUCUACAAGAUCCAGAACAUUGUCGAUACCACCCACGAAUUGCAAGAUAUCGGGUCACUUUUCGGCGUCAAGAAGGAGCUCAUGCUCAAGGCCAAGAAGCAAGGUUUCUCUGACAAGCAAAUCGCUCAGGCCGUCAACUCUACCGAAGAUGAAGUUCGCGCUCGUCGUAAGAAUUUUGGCAUCCGUCCAUGGGUCAAGAAGAUUGAUACUCUCGCUGCUGAAUUCCCGGCUGACACUAAUUACCUCUACACUACCUACAAUGCUUCGAGCCACGAUGUCAAGUUUGAUGAUCACGGUAUUGUCGUUCUUGGAUCUGGUGUCUACCGUAUUGGAAGCUCUGUCGAGUUCGACUGGUGUGCUGUCAAUGCUACGCUCUCGCUCAAGGCUUUGGGCAAGAAGACUGCUAUGAUCAAUUACAACCCAGAGACUUACUCCACCGAUUUUGACGUCCCAGACCGUCUUUACUUCGAGGAGCUGAGCUACGAACGUGUCAUGGAUAUCUACGAACUUGAAUCUGCAACCGGUGUUGUCGUCUCCGUCGGUGGUCAGCUUCCUCAGAACAUUGCACUGAAGCUCCAGGAGACUGGCAAGGCUAAGGUGCUCGGUACCAACCCAGAGGACAUCGACAAGGCCGAAGAUCGUCACAAGUUCUCGCAAAUCUUGGACUCCAUCGGUGUCGACCAGCCUGCUUGGAAGGAACUGACCAGCUACAAGGAGGCCAAGGAGUUUGCCGAGUCCGUCAGCUACCCUGUCCUCGUCCGUCCAUCCUACGUCCUGUCCGGUGCCGCCAUGACUGUGAUUCGUAACGAGUCUGAGCUCGAGGAGAAGCUCACUGCUGCCAGCAGCGUCAGCCCUGACCAUCCUGUCGUCAUCACCAAAUUCAUCGAAGGUGCGCUCGAAAUUGACUGCGAUGCCGUGGCACAUAAUGGCAAGCUUCUGCUUCAUGCGGUGUCUGAGCACGUCGAAAAUGCCGGUGUCCACUCUGGUGAUGCUUCGCUUGUCCUUCCACCUGCCAAGCUUCCACAAAGCACCAUCGACCGCGUCAAGGUCAUCGCUGAAAAGGUCGCCAAGGCAUGGAACAUCACCGGACCUUUCAACAUGCAAAUCAUCUCUGCUGCCAACCCUGAAGGUGGAGAGGACCAGCUCAAGGUCAUCGAGUGCAACCUCCGUGCUUCACGAUCCUUCCCCUUCGUCAGCAAAGUUCUCGGCACUAACUUCAUUGACGUCGCGACUCGCGCUCUUCUUGACAAGGAUGUGCCCGCCCCAGUCGAUCUCAUGCAAGAGAAGCGUGACUACGUUGCUGUCAAGGUCCCCCAAUUCUCCUGGACCCGUCUUGCAGGCGCUGACCCAUACCUCGGUGUCGAAAUGGCUUCCACUGGUGAAAUGGCCUGCUUCGGCAAGGACCUCGUCGAGGCUUACUGGACUGCAGUCCAAAGCAUGAUGAACUUCCGCGUCCCACUCCCAGGCGAAGGUCUCCUCUUCGGCGGUGAUACCACCACCCCAGACCUCGCCCGCAUCGUCGAAUACCUCAACCCCAUGGGCUACAAACUCUUCGCCGCCAACAACGAAGUCAAGAAACAUCUCGAAUCCUCCUCCAAAGACGGCAGUGUCAGUGUCGAAGUGAUCGAAUUCCCCAAGACCGAUAAACGUGCUUUGCGAGAAGUCUACCAGAAGUAUGAUAUCAAAGGUUGUUUCAAUUUGGCCAAGAGUCGGGCUAGUAGUCUCACGGACGAGGAUUAUGUUAUGAGGAGGAAUACGGUGGAUUUUGGACUUCCACUUUUCAUGGAGCCCAGGACGGCGGUGCUUUUUGCGCAGUGUAUGAGUGAGAAGUUGCCGAAGCCUGAGGGGAAGAUUCCGAGUGAGGUUAGGAGGUGGAGUGAGUUUAUUGGGGGGAAACCUUUGUAGGGAGGAAGGAAGGAAAGAAAGGAAGAAAGUAUGAGAGUGUGAAGCGGGAGAUGAGAUGGGAGGAUGGAGGAUGGAUGAACGUCGUGGUGGUGGUUCUGGUGCAGAUUUGUAGUUAUUUCUCUUUUUUUUUCCUCAAUGAAUGAACUGAGUAUAAAUGUGAAUUGUG